AAACAGAAAGUUGUGUCCUUCUAACUUUUAACUCUUGAAUCAGAUGUAAAUUCGGUCGUGAAUGAUCUAGAUCAGACAUUUCAAGAUUAUUAUUGAAAGAAAUAUGUUCACUUUUGUGUACGGUAGUGUAGCAGAGAAAUUGUGGAAAUAUCCCUGGUUUCUGGACGUGUUUCAAUCCAUUAGUACGACAAUUAUAAAUAAACCCUAUCUACUGAUUCUAAUUUUUCUUCCUAUUGUGAUCAUGUAUUUUUCGUUUUCUACUUAUAAUAGAGUUGUGGACAUGACAGAUAUCGGUUAUGACGAUGGAAGAAUGAAUGCAAAGGAAUUACGUAGAAAACGUGUGCAGUUAUUAAAAGAAACAAAUAGAUUAAGAAGUGCGAAAAAAUGUCCUCCCGUUUAUCCAAAUGGAUGGAUACCUUUGUUAGAAUCUGAAGAUUUACCUGUUGGGAAGUGCAAGCCUGUUUCUGUUCUAGGUCAGCAGUUUGUUAUAUUUCGUGGAAAGACAAGGAAAUGUUUUGUUUUAGACGCUUUUUGCCCUCAUUUGGGCGCUCAUUUAGGAAUUGAUGGAAAAGUUCACGACGAUUGCAUCGAAUGUCCUUUCCACGGAUGGCGAUUUGCUGGACAGGACGGUUCUUGCGUGAAAAUACCUUACGCUGAAGAAAUUCCAGAAAUGUCUAGAAUAAAAAGUUGGGAAACUAUCGAGCAAUACGGAUUUAUUUACGUGUGGCAUCAUGCAGAAGGUAAACCUCCUCUGUGGAAACCUCCAGUUAUACCAGAAAUAGAAAAUCGACUAAUGCUUUAUAGACAUCGUGCUGAACACACUGUAAAUUCCCACAUUCAGGAAAUUAUGGAAAAUGCAGCAGAUUUCGAGCAUUCCAAGUGUUUACACAAAUUUGGUAUUACGUCUAAAAUUAUUCUGCAUCCGGAAAAUUGGUAGAGAUUUUUUCAGCUUAUAAUCGAAAUGUCCAACACCCCAGAAGAAACUUUAUACUAUGAAAAAUAUAAAGGCAUUAUCACUUUAAAAUUGUUUGGAAUAUCUGUAAUG